UUUCCCGUAUGUGCAACUAGGGUUCUCGAGCUAGGGUUGUAACCAAAUUCCCCAACUGAGCGAGGGCGCUCCAUCAUCGGGAUCUGACAGAGUGGCCAUGGACUACACCAACGCCAUCCAUAUCAUCCCGGACGCCGCCGGUCCCGAAAGCUGGGCCAACUCUGCGGCGCCUCCUGGCGGGGACUCCGGGAUUUGGGCCACCGAGGACGACUACAGCCAGUGGAACGGCGAGCAGGGGCUUAGCGGGGGUGGCUAUGGCGGUGACAGGAACUCGUCGCAGCCGCAUUCAAGGGCCGGCAGCGAGCAGCCGCCGCCGGGCAAGAAGCCCCGGGGCAGUGGGCCGUCGGGCGGCGGCGACGCGGGGAGCACGAGCAAGUCGCGCGCGAUUGGGAAGAUGUUCUUCAAGACGAAGCUCUGCUGCAAGUUCCGGGCAGGGACGUGCCCGUAUGUGACAAACUGCAACUUCGCUCAUGGGAUGGAGGAGCUGCGCAAGCCGCCCCCCAACUGGCAGGAGAUCGUGGCAGCACACGAGGAGGCGACGGAACAGAGAGAGGAGCACCAGAUCCCGAUCAUGACUUCGUCCAACGUGGUGCCUGGUGACAGCGUGUCUGGCAGGGCGUACAAGGGGCGGCACUGCAAGAAGUUCUACACUGAGGAGGGAUGCCCCUAUGGCGACGCAUGCACUUUCUUGCAUGAUGAGCAGUCCAAGGCGCGUGAGAGCGUCGCGAUUAGCCUAUCGCCGUCGGUUGGCGGGGGCAGCUACAACUCUGCUGCUGCUGCCGCCGCCUCUCCAAAUGGACCGACAAUUCUGAAGCCGUCGAAUUGGAAGACGAGGAUUUGUAACAAGUGGGAGAUGACUGGCUACUGCCCCUUCGGUAGCAAGUGCCACUUUGCUCAUGGAGCUGCUGAACUCCACAAGUACGGUGGGGGACUUGUCGACAUUGACGGGAGGGACAUUGCAUCAACUCCGGAUUCGAAGCAGGCUGCGGCAUCUUCGAAACUUCCUGUGGAGACUGCUGCUGCAUCCACUGCGGUGCCCCCUCAUGCAGACGUGUACCAUUUAGGCAGCCAGUCACAGCGUUCCGCCUUGGCCAGCCAAAGGUCCGGGCAGCUACAGAGGCCAAUCCAGAAAUGGAAAGGCCCUGACAAGAUCAGCAGGAUCUAUGGUGAUUGGAUAGACGAAACUGACUAGGAAGAGGAGCGCCGUGUCUGUCUCCUUUACCCAGUUUAGUUCUAGUUGGCACUGCUGGAAGAGUCUGCGUGUUGUAAGACUAAAACAUUAUGCUGCCGCAACUUGUAUUGUGUCUGUUGUAUGCGUGAUUGCAGUGAACUCGCCGCUGGGAGAGCUGUAUGGAUGGUAGUGUUCUGGUCUUCUGGAUAUCUGAAAGUCUGAAGUUCAUGUUUCGUUUCUUUUA